GCACAUAGAGAAACCAGCUUAGUCUUUGGCAAGCAAUGGAGGGAAUAACUUCUGUUCUGGGCUUAGAAUGGGUCGACACCUGGACUAUUUUAAUCUUUCUGUUUGUCUUUCUGCUGCUGAGUGAUUUUUUAGCCAACAGACGACCAAAAAACUUUCCUCCUGGCCCCCAUUCUCUCCCUUUUAUUGGAGAUCUGCAUCGCAUUCAACCUGCCAGACUUCACGUUCAGUUCACAGAGUUUGCAGAAAAAUAUGGAAAUGUUUUCAGCCUUCAUCUCCUUGGUGAAAGGACGGUGAUCCUGAAUGGAUACAAGCAAGUUAAAGAGGCCCUGGUCCAACAGGGAGAUGACUUUGUCGAUCGUCCCACAAUUCCACUGUUUGUAGAUACAAUUGACAAUAAAGGUAUCGUAAUGUCCAAUGGGAAUUCGUGGAAGCAGCAGAGAAGGUUUGCUCUUCACACGCUCAGAAACUUUGGUCUGGGCAAGAAGACGAUGGAGACAUACAUCCAGAAUGAAUGCCAUUAUAUCACACAGACUUUUGCCGACAAGCAAGGCAAACCUUUUGAUGCUCAGUUUUUGAUAAACAACGCAGUGUCCAACAUCAUCUGCUGUUUGGUGUUUGGGGAACGAUUUGAGUACUCUGAUCAGGAGUACCAGAAAAUUCUUCGGAACCUCAAUGACCUUCUGAUUUUAGAAGGAAGUGUUUCGGCAAUGCUAUACAACAUGUUUCCUUGGCUAAUGAAGAGGCUUCCUGGACCUCAUCAGAAAAUAUUUUCUCUGACACGGAAGAUUAUUGACUUUGUGAAAAUCAAGAUUAACGAACACAAAGGGAACUUUGACCCCUCUGCUCCAGAAGACUACAUCGACUCUUUUCUCAUUGAGAUGGAAAAGAGUCAAGACAAAGAUUCUGGAUUUGAUAUCGACAAUAUGUGCAUUUGCACCAUGGACCUUUUCUUGGCUGGAACUGAAACUACCACCACUACAUUAUACUGGGGGCUGUUAUACAUGAUCUAUUAUCCUGACAUACAAGAGAAGGUGCACGCUGAGAUCGAUGCUGUGAUUGGUUCAUCCAGACAGCCAUCCAUGGCUGAUAAAGAAAGCAUGCCCUACACUGAUGCAGUUAUCCAUGAGAUACAGAGAAUGGGGGACAUUGUCCCCCAAGGUGUGUUCCGUCAGGCAAACAGGGACACCACCCUCGACAAAUACACAAUCCCCAAGGGCACCAUAAUAGUGCCAGCACUUCACUCUGUCCUCCAUGAUGAGUCCAUGUGGGACAACCCACACUCCUUUGACCCGAAAAACUUUCUGGACAAGGAUGGAAAGUUUUGUAAAAGAGAGGCCUUCAAUCCUUUUGGUGCAGGUAAACGUGUGUGUCUCGGGGAGCAGCUUGCCAGGAUGGAGCUGUUUCUGUUUUUCACUUCUCUCUUUCAGAGGUUUUCAUUCUCAGCACCUACAGGAGAGCAGCUCAGUCUAGAGAGUAGGAUGGGAGCCACUCGCUGUCCAAAACCUUUCCGUGUCAUUGCUGCACCACGUUAAACCUUCAAGGAUCCCAAAAUUGAGUUCAAAAGGGGCCCAAGUCCAAGAUGUUUGUUUUUCCAGGAAACGAUUUUGAUUGCAUAGCUUAAAGGGAGGCUACACCAAAUAAUUAAUACUUUACC